CAGUUUAGUCGCAAACAGGACAUCGGCUGAGGAUUUUCGUGGAAGAAAUCGCUUUUCACUACGCGGCAAAAAUCGUCUAACUGUUAUUGUUUUUCAGUUUAAACAGUGAAGGCGCUGGAAGUUUUUUUUCACCGAUUUCGAAAUCAAAAUAAAAGAAGUGAUAUAAAAUUACAAAAAUUUGAAUCCGGGUUUUGGUGGCCUUUAUCCUUUUUUCUCUGUUUUGUUUGUGCUCGCUCAGCACAAUCCAUUCUUUGGGUUAUUUCGAUUUUAACUGGGUCGUAUGGCGUAUACUUGAUGUUUUGUAUUAAUUUUUUCGUUUUCGUGUAAUGCAUUUAUUCGAAUGUUGCUGUUUUAGCCCGUGGUUGUCAGCGUUGUCGUAGUCGCUGUCACUGUCACUGUCGCUGUCGUUGUCACUGUUGUUCUGUCGACUCGAGGUGCAAUGUUAAGUGGCUACAAUUUGAAAGAAGAAGUCUCUUUUUGAGAUCUUCAUUCGUAUCUUUUUUUUUAGCCAACCUUUUGUCUUGUCUCUCGACUUUUUGUUAGUGCGAGCUUCAAGUUGUAUUCGUAGUCGUAUGUGAUAUCUUUCUUCUUUUUUUAAUGAACGUUCGUAAUGCGGAACAUGGAAGAUGCUAUAAAACAAAAAAGUUGCUGCAAUGAUUUACACAUGAAAAAUGCAAUCCUAUGAAUGCCAAGGAAAUAUUUAAUAAUUCCUUCUCAGCAAAGUUGUGCUGUGUUUUGUUGUGUGUUGUUUCUUGAAGGAGCUGGUGCAUAGUGAAAGGUCCUUCCUGUUUCCUUUUGAGAAGCCAAAGUGAAUAGAAAAUUAUGUGUGAUUGAGUGGAAAAAAAUAGGCAAGUGAAAAGUUUACAAAUGUGGAAAUAAAGGAAGGAAAUAAAAGAAGUAAAGUGGAUGCAAAGUGCAAGGUUCCAAAAAGGUGAUACACAACCUACAUAACGUAACAACAUAAGGAAAAAAGAAUGUUGCUGUCUUCAGAAAAAAUCUUCCAAUAUGGGCUGGCUUCCUGAGUAAAAUUAGUUGUUGUGGAUUUCGUUUUUAGUUUUUAUUUUUUUGCGGUUUGUUUGAAUCAUGAGCGAACGAGGUGUUAAUGGACGACACUCACGUGUCAGUCCAUCACCAGGACGUGGAAGUAAGAUCGCUUAUUCGCCGUGUCCUCGAUCCGAUCCACAGGAAAUCGAAAUGGCGGGCAAUUGCUUAGCUAUACCGAUGUCAGCUAUACAGACCAAUGGUAAUUCUAAAGAACGUUGCGGUCCCCUAUUAUCGGGUGCUAACAACACCCCUCCAAUAUCACCUUUGUCCUAUGAUGUGGAUGCACCUCAACCCUUAGUAGAUCGUAAGCCAUCUGUAUCUUUGUUAAAAUGGAACUCUGGGAAGAGGAAUGACGCUCCCACACCUACUGCUGCCAGGCAAGUAAGCUUUGGUGGUGGUUCAGCAAGAACAGAACCAAUUUCUUUGUCAACUUUGGAUCGUGAUUGCUUUAUAAUUCCGGUUCAGAGUGUAGAUAGGUUUCUACCUGCAGGUAUACCGCUACCACCUCCUUCAGCUGAUGGGGCUAAGCCGACAAGUCCUUUAAGCGUCCUAGAGGUGUCCGAUCCAAAAUUAUGCAUUCUUGUGCACUUAAUGAGUCCCUUGGAACCAAUAGAUCCUGUAAUGGAAUCACCGCUGGCACAUCCAUUACUUAAACAAAGGUCUGUUGCUGCGGAACUUUUAAAUGAGGUGCAACAAGCGAAUACAGCGGUAGGUGGAAUGUUGCUAGCAAAUAUGGAAAAAAGUGCGGAAUUUCCUUUUAUAGCAUACUAUUUAAUAAAUACAACACAAACGGAUCCUUCGAACUUUUACUCUGGUAUGCGAGUUUCAUCGCUUUCGAAAUUCGAACCGAAAAAUUUAAAAUACACUGCCGCCCAUACUUUAGAUUUAUAUAGUGAGGUAGCAGCGAUAUGUCGUCCUCCGCUCGUCUUAGCGCCCAACGAGAGUGGUAGCUUUAAGAAAUCUCAAACUCCUUCAACUGGAUACAUAAUAAGCGUUUACAAGGUAUUCGAAGGAGACGAUGGUGAACGUUUUGAAAAGAAUUGGCUCUAUUGGACCGGAGCAAGGAUGCUCUACAGGUAUCUGCCACGUGCUGCUGGGCUGAGAAGAAUUGCUCUGCACAAGAGCACCUCACAAAAGGGUGAUAAAAUGUAUUUACUGAUAUGUGAGUGUGCAGAUUUGCUGAAGGACAUUUCAUCGGCUGCAGUUUUAAUACCAGCAUUACGAGCACGUCUUUGUGGCUACACUGGACUUUAUAGACCGAUUCAAGCGUUUUAGUUAUUUUAUAUGCGAGUGUAAAUACAAAUUUAACUUUUUUCUUUUUUUUUUUUAAAUUGCGAACAAACAAAAACAAUAAUAAUUUGUUUUAUUAAUAAUAAUAGUAAUUAUCAUCUGCACAAUUGAGCUUUAAAGUGGAUGUGUUGAUAUGUACGUAAUAUGUAAUAGGAUAAGUGUUAAAAGGAUGUAAAUACGAGUACACUUAUUUUGUCUUGUUAAUAAAUAAAUUGUUGCAGAUUUAUACCACUUUUUGUUUAGAGUUUAUUUUUGUAAUUUAUACAACUUGUUGUUUGUUCUUCUUUUUUUGUGUUAAAAAAUUGUUUAUUUUUUAAUAUAAAAUAAAUAAAAAGUGUAAAGAAAUGGAUACAACAACACUUAAGCUGCCAUUUUGUUAAAAUGUUGUUCAUAUAGAAAUACAAAUACAAAUAUAGAAUUAUGUUUCUGUAUCGUAUCUCUAUAUUUAAGGAUAUACUUACAUAUACUGUAUAUUUUUUUAAAUUAUUGUAUGUGUCUCAUUGUUUAAUAAACUUAAAUAAAUAUUUUAAUAUCAUACUUUAUUUGAAACAAGUUCUCAGUGUACCUACAAUAAUGUUGUUAUUGAGGUAUUUAAAUAAUAAACAUUAAUUAUAUAAUUUUGAAACAAUUGAGCUUCUAUGUUUCCUUAAGAAUAUUUAAUUUUUUCCAAAAUUAAUAGUCAAAAAAUCAAUUUGAUUUUCAAAUCAUUGUACAAUAGUACAGUAUUUUAAUAUAGACACAAACAGUGGCGAGGAAAUGAAAAGAACAAGGAAGAAUGAACUUAUUUAAUACCACGUUAACUAAUAAAAUUAUUGAAGACAUUUCCAAACUUUCUAAACAAACUUCAAAAGAAUACGUGAUGGUUAAAAACGUCCUCAAAAACCAUAAACAUUAAAAUUUAGCUCAAAUAUUAAUAUUUCAUUAAACAUUUAAAGGAUCAAGGUAUAUCCGCUACGCCACCGACCAAGUUGGCAAUUACAAUCCAAGAAUUAGUCUCCUACGAAUUACAUAUUCGUCUACUAGACUUCAAAAAUCGAAAAAUGUAGGAAUCAUCUGUGUAUCGAUGUCGGUAUUGCUUUCCCAUACCCAAUGUUAUUCUGGUCUCAUUCUCUUAUUUCUUGUUCGAUUAUAGUGAAAUUUGUAGUAAAUUCUAAUUUCUAAUUUCAAAAUUGUGUUUAAAGCUUCUAUCUAAAGUUUUACGAGAAUAAACAAAUAAAUAUGAGUUAUUUAGUUAUUAUAUAUUCUAAAUCUACCUCGCGUUUUGGAGAUGUUUCUCCAUCAUCGGGUGGAAUACUUUUAUUGCUAGUCUAGUAAUAGAUUUAGAAUGUAAUUAAAACUUAAGUUGUAACAAUAAAAUUUAAUAAAUUAAAAUAAAAACUAAAUAACUCAUAUUUAUUUGUUUAUUCUCGUAAAUCUAAAAUACAACUUGGAGACAAGUAAACCACAUCAUGUAUCUAAAGUUGCUUGAGUUUAAUGUUAUAAAACCUUCAAAAAAAAAACAGGAAGAAUAUAUUUGACAAAAUGACCAUUAAAAUUGGACAAGAAGCUAUCAAUUGACACUCAGAAGCUAUUUAGUCUUUCUUUUGAAAAAUAAAAAUGUGUGUAAUUUUUUUCAAAACUAAAUGAUAACAAGCAAAUUUGAUGUGAUGCUUUUUAGAUAAUAUUCGUUCGUCUCAUCUCGUCUUGAUUUUACUACAAGAGACCGAUUUGAGACAGAGAAUUUUUGCGUCUCGUGGACAGUUAUAAUGAUGAUUUUGUAAGUAAUUACUCAGCUAAGUUUUACGAGCUUAAAUGUCAUUACCCGUGUUUUGUUGGAAAAUCUAUCAAUACUAUAGUAGGGUUUUACACAUAUAACAAAAACAAUAUCCAUAUUAUGAAUAACACCGAUAAAAGUUAAAGUAGAAUCUUACUGUGGAUUGGUUUUUGACAUUUUUAUGAGUCUCGAAUGGAACUUAUGUGAUUUCGUUCUUAAAUGUUGGCACGAUUGAAAUUGCAUUUGCAUCUCGAUGUUGAGUGUUCGUUGAGUAGUUGUGCAUUUAGAAUCAUGUGUUUUCCGUUGGGGAAAAAAUCAAUCUAUUACUGUUGAUAUUAUUUCGUUUUGUUAGUGAAAAUGGACUGGGCUUAUUUUGCAAGAGAAAACAAUAAAAGAUAAUUAAGUUUUGCUAUGUUUCCACCAAAGGCUUAUCUCAGUUUAGAUGAAAUUAAUCUUUUUGGUUUUUCCACCGCAUAAGAAGAUUUAAAAAUGAUUAAGUUUAACAGCACUUUCUAAACUGCAAAUGGUGUUUCGAUGUUUUCGAUGUGUGAAGGCAAGUGAGAUAGUUUGAUUCGUGUUAAACAAUGAAGAACUGAUUAGUUUAGCACCAUAUAAGAAUAUGCUACUUCAUGUCCAUUUUUUUUUGGAAUUUGAUUUAAAAAAAACUUAAUUUUUUGUACACAAACAUGCAAAUAAGCAGACUAUAAUACAUUAUCUGUUAAAACCAACUCUUUCACACAGGCUUUUUUUCUCAAAUUUUGACUCGACUCCGAUCUCUGACGGGAAUAGAGUCAAAUCAAGGUCAUUUCAACUCGAUUCAGGAAUAUAAAGAAAUGAGGCUAUCUUUAAGCUCGCUUCAACACGACAUGCUAAUGUAAUAAUCUACGAACAAACCCCCUCCUUGUUAAAUUAACUUUUUUUAUUGAUUAUCAAUUUCAAGAUGUUUUCUUAACAUUUCUUCUUGAAAACUGCCCAUUUUAUUAGUUUUAGUUUGUUUUUUUUUUUGCUAAGUUAAUUUUAGCAUUUAUUUUCACAAAACUUUCUUCUAUUUGUGUGUUUUUUUUUUAAUUAUAAUUCUGACAGACCACCUUUCAGGUGAACCAAUUUUUAAAUACAAAAAUCUGGCUACUGCGGAUCGUUUUGUUGGCAAUUUCUCACUGUAAUAUAAAUGGAAUACCAAUAAAACGCACUUACUGUACUUGUAAAGAAAACAAACCUUGAAACUCCCUCCAAUCAAUUUUUCUUAAGACUUGUGAAUCAUCUUGAUGUCAUCUGACGUAGGAUUCGAAACUACUUCAAGACUUUUCAAAUAUAGUUACUUUGUACUAAUAUAUGUAUUUACGUGCAACACUAACCACUCUGGACCUUUGUUAUUGCAUAAAAGUUAGCGUUUUAAUACGAUGUAAAAGGUUUAAUCUCUGAGUCAAAUUUAAUCAUACAAUUCUAUGAAUUCAGUUUUCGGAUCCUAGCCCCACUUUUUCAAUUAAAAAAGUUUCACAGUUUUUGUUUUAUAAAAGCCACAUCGUUGUUUUUGAGUCAUUUAUCAACUCUGCGUUGCCAUUUCAAAGGUUUCAGAAUUGUAUUUUUUAAUUCAAUUUUGAAGUUGAAUUAAUUAGAUGAAGAUAAAGUUAUUAAGAGUAAGAAAUAUUAACAUCGAUUAUGUUUGUAAGAUUAUUGCGCUUAAUCUAUCAAAACUAUUUCAUUGGGUCUUACGUACUUUCCGUAAAGUUGAAUGCCUCCUACGUUAAGUUAAAAAUUACCUAUCAGUGAGCCUGUUCAAAACAAGAAGCGUUGGAUGGGUUGAAGUCCGUAAACCAGAAAGUAAAUACUGGUGUGCCUCAAGGGUCCGUUGUGUCACGAAUCUCUCACUCAUUUUCAUAAAUGAUCUUCUGCUUCUAACUCCUAAUUCCUACAUUUAUUUGCUGAAGAUAUUAUUCUUAGCUUUUCAUAUUCAUUUUAAGGCUUAUAUCUCCCUCUUCGGAUGUGGAAAUGCAAUGCCCAAUAAAUUUAAAUCGGGCUACUGUCGCCAAAAAUGCCGCAAAAUGUUUGGCGCUUCUAAGAAGAUGCAAGAAAUGUCUGAUCUGGCUACAAUGAAAACUGGAAUGCGACCCACACUGAUAACUUCCCAUCCCGUCUAUCGAUUUGUCUUGCUUAAAAGUUUGUAGGUUUUCGUGUUGGUUAAAAAAGUUGUCAGUUGAAUUAUUCUUGAAAAUUUUAAAAUUACCAACAAUAUUUUUCAUAUAAAGAAAUUGUUUAGUUUGAAAAUCGAGUUUUCUUAAAUAGAUUUUUAGUGGAAAACAGUUUUUACAAAUUUUAAUUGCAUUUCCUAAAGUUUUACAAAUUCGAUGAAUAAAAUUAAUUUGGGAAAUAUUAAGAACAGAACAUCAAUUUUUACCAAAAUUGGGGACUAUUUUUUGUAGAUUUUAUUUUUUUUAUGAACAAACAAACUGUUGGAUUUGUAGUGUUGUUUAUUUUGUAGGUUUUUAUUUUUUAUAAGAAAACAAUUAAUUCGAUUUUUCAAUAUUUUUUACAAGUUAAAAUCAGUUGGAAUCCAUAAUCUCAAAUUUUUGGAAAAAUAUUUAACUCGAAAUUCAAUUUUUACCAACUUUGAGUAAUGUUUUUCUUAGUUUUUUAUUUCUAAUAAUAAAACUGCUAAUUUGAUUUUUCUCAAAAUUUUACCAGAUGUUGAAAACCUUAUUUUUCGUUGCACAAAAUUGUUUUGGAUAUGAAAUCAUUUUUUAUUCGUAAAAUUUUCGAGGUGCUAAUUUUUUUCAUUUUUUUUUUUGAUUUAUAAAAAAACCGUUUAUUCGAUUUUUUUAAAAAUAUGUUGGUUUGGUAUCACGUUACAAUAUAUAAUAUAAAAUUUAGUUCAAGUCUCUAGCACGAUUGGCUCGUGAUAUAUUUAGGGUUAAUCAAAAUGUUAACUUUUUUUAAAUUGCCCUUGAGAGCCCUUUCUGCGUCUUUCUGCACUAUUAUCUGAAUAACAACAUUUAUUUGAAGUCGUUUUCUUUUCUGGUACUUGAGCUAUGUACGACGAAAUAACGUCGUAAACGCACGGACGUACGAACGUACGUACACACGCACUCACAUACAUCUUUUGAAAAUCUUUUAUUUCGACUGUAGGGACCUUGAAACGUAGAGAAAUGUCAGAAUUUUCAAUUUGACAAAGCGGACCGAUUACAAUAACUUCCUAUGGGAAGUAAAAAAUAUUUACGUAUAAGACUGGGGUAUAACUCCUUUCUUUGAGCUUGUGCUUCAGAAACUUACUUAAGCCUUUUGAACAGUGCUCAAAAAAAAGAAUAUUAUUGAUACAAUUAUACGUCAUUCGGUUAUCGUCGUAUUGUUUCUUUCUUCAUUCUGCAUUACUCCUUAAACAGUUUAGCCUUAGCACUUGGUCGUCUUUGAAUACUCACCAGUAUUCUGUUGAAUAUAACUUUGGUUGUACUGUACAGUACAGAUUUUCCUUUUUUAGCCGCACUACACGAAUGUGGAAAAAUAAACUUUCAUUUAUAUCACUUUGCUUCUCAGGGGACAAAAUGUUCUAGCCAUCUAUUUCUUUCUGAAACCCAAAAUUUCAAUAUAAAAAAUUAUGUUACAAACUAAAAAUGAAGACAUCUAAAUAUUGACAUGAGUUUGCACUAUAUAAAGAAAUAAAAAAUGGACAUAAUAUUAUUCUGCUGAACAUUUUUAAAAUAAAGCUUUUGUUUUAAAGUAAAAUCAAAAUAAAUUUUAAAAAAGCUGAGAACUGCCUUUAAUUACAUUUAUGCAAAAAAUAGUCUUAACUUUAAAAAAUGUUAUUUAUUAUUUUAUUUCAAAUCUUUCUUUAAUAAAAAACAAAAACCAAAACUUGUAACUUGGAUUUAAAAAUUAUCUCUGGCAGUUUUAAAAUUUGUUCACAAACAUUUUAGUAGAAAUACAAAUUUGGUCUUCGUAAAUUGCACAAAUUACAAAAACUGAACAAAUUUGGCUGUAGCUAAAUAAUAUUUAAAAAUUAAAUAUAAAAAAUUAAUUUUAAUUUUGCCAGAAAUAUUUUUACAAUUCUAACAAAUGUUAUUAGAAUAAUCGAUAAAAAAUCAAUAAAUAUAAUUCACUUCGUAUAAAAUUAGUAUUUACACUAGAUAACUACAAACAAAUAUAAAAAUUUAAUUAGUGACAAUAGAUCCAGGAAAAUCAUAUCGCAAAAAUUAGGCAAAUUUUCAAAUUCUUUACAUAUAACAAACAAAAAAUAAAUAUAUAUUUAAUUAAGUAGAUUGUUCAAAUAUGUAACAAAAAAUCUUUUAACUAUCAUUAUAAGAGAACAUAUAAAAUAGAAACUUCAUAGGACCAUAUUUUUAUAAAGAACAUGAACAAUUGUAAGAAAUAUAUAAAAUAUAUAAAUAAAACAAUUUUUUUUUAAUAACUAAAAUAUUAUUCAUUAUUAUUAUAGAAAAAAUAACAAAAUUUAAAUAGAAGUCAUAUACGUAAAAAUAUCGUUGAAAAUUAUCAUUACAAUUUAAAAAGAAAUUAUGAAAAUGGUCUUAAAAAAGAAUAAAAGACUUUUCUAAAGCUUUCCUGAUUUUUUCUUAUUUCAGUAGUUUGAAAAAAAAAGUAGAUAAUUAGUUUUGAAAAAUAACAAAAUUUUGCAAUUUCCAAAUACACCUAAGAAAGUAAGUAGGAAAAAUAUGAAAUACAAAACAAUUUUUAGUGCCCUCGUGCCAAUUAUCUACUUUUAAAAACUCACUAACUCUUAAGGACAUACGUACGAACAUCAUUAGCGGCCUUCUUCAUAGGUAAAUUAUAUCUAAAACUAUAUACCUAGCUAGUAAAUAUAAUAUUUAAAAAAAA